AACCAAAAGCGCUGAAAUCAAAUAAACACAGUGAGUCAUUCUCAUUGGCAUUGAUCAAUGGAUCGGAUGCUAAAAGCUGCCAGAGCUUCUGGUUCUCUCAAUCUUUCAAAUCGUUCCCUCAAGGAAGUACCAGAUGAGAUAUACAAAAGCUUAGAUGCAGUUGGUGAAGGUGAAAAUUGGUGGGAGGCAGUUGAGUUACAAAAGUUGAUAUUGGCUCAUAAUGAGAUAGAAUCGAUAAAGGAAGAUAUAAGAAAUUUGCCAUUGUUGACUGUGCUAAAUGUUAGUCACAAUAAGCUUUCCCGCCUUCCAGCUGCUAUAGGAGAGCUUAAAUCGCUAAAGUCAUUAGAUGUGUCGAAUAAUUUGCUACGUGAGAUACCCGAAGAAGUUGGAUCAGCUACUUCUUUGAUCAAGUUUGAUUGUUCGGGUAAUCAACUUAAGGAUCUUCCAUGCUAUCUUGGAAACUGCUUAGAUCUAUCUGACCUCAAGGCAUCAAACAAUUUUCUAACCAGUUUGCCAGAAGAUUUAAGCAACUGUUCCAAAAUGUCGAAAUUGGAUGUAGAGGGAAACAAGCUACCCGUGCUUUCUGAGAAAUUGGUUGCAUCAUGGACAUUGCUCACUGAACUGAAUGCAGCAAAAAAUGUUCUUAGUGGUAUCCCGGACAGUAUUGGAAACCUUUCACGUCUCAUUCGCCUUGACUUGCAUCAGAACAAAAUUGCAUCAAUUCCAUCAUCAAUAAUGGGCUGCUCUUUAUUGGCAGAGUUGUACAUGGGGAAUAACUUUUUGACAUCAUUACCAAUAGAAAUAGGACAACUUACAAAGUUAGGGACAUUUGAUCUUCAUUCAAAUCAGUUGAAGGAGUAUCCGGUGGAGGCAUGUAAAUUGAGACUUUCCGUUUUGGAUUUAUCUAAUAAUUCACUGUCUGGGCUGCCCCCUGAGAUUGGCUUAAUGACAACGUUGAGGAAGCUUGUUCUUACUGGCAACCCUAUACGUACUCUUAGAAGCUCACUGGUAUCUGGACCUACUCCUACUUUGUUAAGGUUUCUUCGAAGUAGACUUCCAGCCCAAGAAGAGGGUGAAACAUCUGAGAACAAAGAAAAAGUUAUUGCUAUGGCCUCGCGAUUAUCGCUUGGGUCAAAGGAACUUUCUUUAGUAGGACAUGGAUUGAGUGUUAUUCCACCACAAGUAUGGGAGACAAGUGAUAUCACAAAACUUGAUCUCUCAAAGAAUUCAAUAGAAGAUCUACCUGAUCAACUUUCUUCAUGCAUUUCCCUGGAGACUUUGAUUUUAUCGAGGAACAAGAUUAAAGACUGGCCAAGUGCAGUCUUGGAGUCACUUCAAAAUCUCGUGAGUUUGAAGCUUGACAUCAAUCCACUUAGACAGAUACCAUCAGAUGGGUUCAAAGCCGCUUCCAAGCUCCAGGUUCUGGAUCUAAGCGGCAAUGCAGGUUGCCUACCCGAAUAUCCUGCAUUUUCUUUUCUGCCGCAGUUGCAGGAACUAUAUAUAAGGAGAAUGCAAAUUUCAGAGGUCAGGGCAGACUUGAUAAAUUUGCCUAAAUUAAGGAUUCUUGAUAUGAGUCAAAAUUCUCUUCAAUUAAUUCCAGUGGGUUUUAAAGAUGCUACAUCUCUUCAGGAACUUCGUCUUUCUGACAAUAACAUCAGUGCACUUCCCGCUGAACUGGGUUUACUAGAACCCAGUCUUCAAGUGCUUCAGCUUGAUGGGAACCCUUUGAGAAGUAUACGAAGAACAAUUCUUGAUCGCGGAACCAAAGCUAUACUGAGCUACCUGAAGGACAGGUUACCGGAUCAGUAAAAGAUUUUUUUUCAAAGUACAUUCCUAGAUGACUAUUUUUGAGGGAUGUGUGCUGUUUGUAUGUGUUUGUAUUUUGUUUUGGCUCUUAUUUUGAAUAUAAUGGCAAGUUAUAAUUUUGGUAUUUGGUACUUGUACAAUGCAAUCAUUCUUUGUGCUGAA